UUAUUUGUUUCGUAUGUUGCACGAUAUUCAUUGGCGCCAAAGAUUAGGUUCAGAACGUCUGAAAAUUUUCCCGCGAUAUCAAGAUGGAGAAAAGGAUGAGCGACUCCUAAACUCCGCAGAGAGAUCAAGCGGCAAAUCGUAGAUCAAGGAAACCUCUGAAGAUCGCCAAAUGCUUGACUACCACAUUUUCAUCACUUUCCGAUGAUAAAAUCCAGCAAAGCUCGAAGCAAGACUUCUCUCCGAUUUCUGUUGUCUCAGACGUCAAUCAAAUGCCAGAUAUCGAUCGAAGUUUCUUGCAUGAUGUUAAUCCGGCUCUUUCUGCUUGCUGCGGGAGCUCUCUUAUCCCCGAUCUUUCUCCAUCUUCAGUUGUCACUUUUGAUAAUGGACAGCUUGACAAGGUUCCAGUUAAUUUUUCUGGAUCUAAUGAUUUGGAUGAAACUAGCGCGGGUUCAGUAGGAGCAGAGAUUGCUGUAAAUUCUUUGAGUCGUGCUCUAACUCAAGUCCUGCAAUCCACGGAUGUUCAUCAUCAGUCCAAGAAGCUUAUAGAUGCAUCCAUAAGGAUCAUUGUAGACGAUUUCUUUGCUAUACCUCAAGAUCGAGACCAUAUUUUUCAACUUAUUUCUGCCAAAAGUCACGUUCUCUCUAUAUCUUUAUUCCUGUGGAUCAUCGUCUUGGCAUUAGCUUUCUUAAUUGAUUUUGUCGUAACUUGUUACCUUCAAAAUGGACUUUGCCUGUUUCAUCUUCCUACAUAAGAAACCUAAGCCGUGAAAGUCUGUAAUCAGAAGUUAACCGUGCAUAACCUCACGGUUAGCGUACUAUGAUUUAAAGCUAUUUGAAUUUUUCAUAAACUUGUGGGUGACCAUUUGACUUCGAUC